AUAAAAUGUCAAACCACUCCAACAAAAUCAAACUAGCUACACAGUUAUAAAAAAAAAGUAUAAGCUUCACAAUUUUCAAGCUUCUUCUCCUCUGUUCUUUAACAAAUCCAAGAAUAAGAAAUAUAAAACAAUGAGGCAAUUUCCAAGCAUAAGAGGAAACAUAAAUGAGAAGAUGAUGACAACAAUGGUGGAGUCUCAGACACGGUCUCCGUGGCGUACACCGGUUCCUUACCUAUUCGGUGGUUUAGCCGCCAUGCUUGGACUCAUAGCCUUUGCUCUCUUGUUGCUCGCCUGCUCCUACUGGAGGCUCUCGCGGCAGACAGAAGAUGAAGAGAAACAGACGGAGUCCGGUGAGAAAGUGGUGGCUAAGGCUUUUGAGGAGAAGAUUCUUGUGAUCAUGGCUGGACAAAACAACCCUACCUUCUUAGCCACUCCGGUCGCGGCCAAGAUUUGCCUGGAUUGUGUUAAUAUGGAGAAGAAAGAAGGACAAAAUGGGGAAUCUAAAGUAACAGAAGAAAACCACUGACUACUGAGCUCUGUUCUCAAGAGUGUACUUUUUUGGAUUCUCUGUUUUUGUCGGUUUGUUUUUUGUUUGUUGGGGAAGUAGUUUUCCUCUGUUUUUGUCGACCUUGAGAUUGUAAAUUUUCAUUAGAGUAGUAAAUGUGAACAAAAAAGUUGAGAAAUUUCGGGUUUCUAUGUAUAAAUGUUGGUAUAUGAAUAUAUUUUGCUAAAUUAAAGGUAUCAAUGUGUCAUUGUUUUGAUC